AUGUUGAGGAGAUCUGCAAGAAAGAGGAGACUUCCAGCUCAAUUUGUGGAGGAGGAAGAGAAGAUGGAGAUGCAGGAGGAGGCAGGGGGUGUGUCUCCAUCCCAAACACAGUAAGUAAAUAGUAUGCAUACUCCCAAAUCUAGUUCUAAUAUAAUGAUAUCAUUAUUUGAAUUCAUAAUAUUUUAUACAUAAGUACUUUUUAUUUAUGAUUAUCUCCUCAAUACAUUUUUAGAGAUUCUUCUGAUGAGGGGCCAUCAAAAAGAACAAGGCGGGGACGAAGUCUGGUCUGUGGCCGACGCAGGCAGCACAGCAGCAGCAGUGGUGGUCCUGAUGCUGCUGGUGAUGCUCCUGCAUGUCAUUCACCACAACUGCAGAAGGCCUGGAAGACAGAGGCAGACCCUGACCCUCAUCCAACAAGUACAUGGGAGGGGUGAACACUUCUGACCAGAUGUUGGGCACCAACUCUGUCCACAGGAAGACCAGAAGAUGGCCCAUGACUGUGUUUCAACACCUUGUGGAUACAGCUGCAACAAACAGCUAUAUCCUCCACAAAGAAAUCAGUGUGACACAGAAGAGGAAGCUCAUGACACACCAGGCUUUCCAGGAGAAGCUGUGUGCCGAGCUGCUUGGUGUGCCACUCAAUCCACCACCCAAGCCCCCCCCACCCCCCACUCAAGGCUGCUUUCCUGCCCCACCAGCAGAGGGCAGUCAAUGGAGAAAAGGCAGAGAGACAGCCAGGGGAGAAAACACUGCACUCCCUGGAAGUGUGAAGAGUGUAGAGUUGUACUCUGCCUUCAAUUAG